AGCCGGGCAACAACAAUUAUAAACAUGGCUGAAAAAGAGGGCAGCACACGAAGGAUUCUUGUGACUGGUGGCUCUGGGUUGGUUGGUAAAGCCAUUGAAAGGAUAGUGAAUGAAGGAGAAAAGAGACCAGAUGAGACCUGGAUCUUCCUUUCAUCCAGAGAUGGUGAUCUGACGAAUACAGCAGAAACCAAAGCUGUAUUUGAGAAGCACCGUCCAACUCAUAUUAUUCACUUGGCAGCAAUGGUGGGAGGUUUGUUCCGCAACUUGAAGUAUAAUCUCGAUUUCUGGAGAAACAAUGUUCACAUUAAUGACAACAUUCUUCAUUGUGCAUAUGAGUAUGGUGUGCAAAAGGUCGUCUCAUGUCUUUCUACUUGCAUAUUCCCUGACAAGACUAGUUAUCCCAUUGAUGAAACUAUGAUACAUAAUGGACCCCCACACCAUUCCAAUUUUGGAUAUUCCUAUGCCAAGAGGAUGAUCGACGUACAGAACAGGGGAUAUCAUGAACAGCAUGGGUGCAUGUUCACAGCUGUGAUUCCCACCAAUGUCUUCGGGCCUUUUGAUAACUAUAAUAUUGAAGAUGGUCAUGUCCUUCCUGGGCUCAUCCACAAAGCCUACCUGGCAAAGAGUAAUGGAAGCGCUUUUAGUGUUUUCUUCUUAGCUGAACCUAUGGAGCAGUUACUGGUCUCCUUGGACCUUGCUCAACUAUUUAUUUGGGUACUGAGAGAGUAUAAGGAGAUCGAUCCCAUCAUUUUGUCAGUUGGCGAAGAAGAUGAAGUGUCUAUAAAAGAAGCUGCUGAAAGUAUUGUGGAAUGCAUGGACUUCAAAGGUGAAGUUAUUUUUGAUACAUCUAAAUCUGAUGGCCAGUUCAAGAAAACAGCCAGCAACAGCAAACUCAAGAAAUAUUUGCCAGAAUUCAGAUUUACCCCAUUUAAACAAGCAAUCAAGGAAAGCUGUGACUGGUUUGUUGCAAACUACGACAUAGCAAGGAAGUGAAGAUGGCACUCAAGUUAAAAGAAGACACGGUUACAACAAUUCUACAGCAGCCCAUCCAUCUCCUGGAUUAUCUGCUGUUUUACAGUCCCAAGAUCAUCAUAUGUAGAGUUAGACAUUGUGAAUGUAGUCUGUUCUUUUAUGUACAGAGAGAAAAAAUAUUAAAUUCUGGGUCUGUUUUAGGGUGAUGUCUUUCAAAGGAGUAAAUGCUCUGGAGUGUACAGUAAAGGUAGCAUAUUUGAAAUUGUGGAGAAACUGGUUUUGGGGUAAGUAAAUAAUAGUCAGUUGGAAUACCUCAUACAGAAAAGAUUGGUAUGUUAUUUUGUGGAUUUAUAAGUACUUAUUUUUAAGCAGAAUAAAAAAAGUUAAUGAGUUUGGAUUUAUUAUGAAA